AUGGUCUCAUGGGACAUUUUCACGCGGCAGGAACAAGGUCCUGGCUGGUAUACCGAUCUCACUGAGCAGAAUGUAUUUUUCUACGCCUUGAUAGGCCCGACCCAACUGCAAAGGUACUCGGACUCGUCGAUGCUUGAACAGACCCAUGAACGUCAAUUUGCCAUCGCUCAGCUGGGAGUCCGCAACGGCGGUUUUGAAGCCGACCAUAUGGCACGAAUGGAGUUGGCGUUCCAGAAUAUAAAUGAUCGCUUUGCGACUUACCCUUUGGAGGAGCCUUGUCGUCCAUCCUCGCCUCACGUCGAAGACCUGAUGAACUUCCGGAUACAGUCUCACUCCUUCAGCCCGUUACCAACCUUGGACCUGGAACCCCAGUCUGAAGCAGCGUCUUCUGCACCCCGACCGAUGACGCCACCGCGAAAGUCCCCGCGGUCUGCAUUGGAUCUCUACGAACUAAUGAAUCCUGACCCGCAACCGGCCUCAAAAUCGAAAAGACACCUAUCCGACGACAGCGACGACAUACCUCGGAUCCAGUUCGAUGUUGGGCGCCCUGGCAGGCAUGACAUCGACAGCGACUCAGGUCCCAACAACCCCCCUCCCAUCACAUAUACUCGAGCCAAACAAAUGCUCCAAGAGGGUGGGCCCGUCCGAACUCGCAGAGGCAUCAGAAUGCGGCGGCCACGGCCAGUUGUGAGGCACCGUUUACGAGAUGAUGCCCGGGAUGCGCGGCAACUCGAGAAGGACUGCCAGCUUCUGCUUAAUCUAUCACAAAAUAGUCCGCCACAGGGACUUUGA